CGAAAACGUUCGAGCAAAUAAUUCCGAGUGAGUACAAGAAAACGGUCAAGCAAAUAUUUGGAGUGUGUGAAAAUAAUGGCAUUUGCGACGAGAGGGUUACGAAUAUUUUGUAAAGUAUACAAUGGCAGCAGAUCUGGAAGCUAUUCAAGUCUUCGUCAACUCACUCCAAAAAUAUCGACGGUUCAGGCUGUCAAAAAGUUUUAUUACAGCACCGGUCCAAGUCGGCCUGGGAUAGCCGGUAGUCUUACAAACAUACAAUCGUCCGUGAAUCAUAAUUUGAAACCAGGAGGUAGUUUAGAUGGAAAAAAUGAAGAACAAACUCAGGACGAGGAGCAGAAGAAACAAGAAGCAGAAGAUAAACAGCAGCGAGAACAUUCUUGGAAAAUGAUGAAGUACAGCUUCGCAUUCUUUGGAAUAUCUAUGAGCGUGAUGGGCUCAUUUUUAAUAUACGAAUUAGCUAGACCCAAUUUUGACGAACAAGGAAAUGUCGUUGAAGAUGAAUUCUCUAAUUUACCUUACUUCGAACAAUUGUACAAGAGGCUACGUAGGGAAUUAAACUACUAUAAAAGGCUCGUUCAAGAACCAAGCAGAGACAAAUUGCUCCCGGAUCCUUUACAGUAUCCGUACAUGCAGCCUCCGUACACUUUAAUUCUUGAGAUGACGGAUGUCUUGGUUCAUCCUGAUUGGACGUACCAAACCGGUUGGAGAUUCAAGAAGCGACCAGGGGUCGAUCAAUUUUUGGAAGCAGUUGCGCCUCCUCAGUUUGAAAUUGUGGUUUACACAGCCGAACAAGGGAUGACCGUAUUUCCCAUUCUCGACGCCCUCGAUCCUCAAGGAUUCAUAAUGUACAGGCUUGUCAGAGACGCCACUCGAUUUGUGGACGGACACCACGUCAAAGAUCUCGCUGCUCUAAACAGAGAUCUGAGUAAGGUUAUCGUAGUUGAUUGGAAUAAAGACAGCGUGAAAUUUCAUCCUGAAAACACAUUGAAGUUGCCUAGAUGGAAGGGCAACGACGACGACACGACCUUGUAUGAUUUGGCCGCUUUCCUCAAAAUGAUAGCGGCGACAAAUGUAGAAGACGUCCGGGACGUUUUAACGUAUUACCAACAGUUUGAAAAUCCUCUAGAAGCAUUCAGAGAAAAUCAGCGAAAGCUUUUGUUACAAAUGGAGGAGGAUGAAAAUAAGUCAUUGAAAGAAGGAAGCGUUUUAACAUCAAAAUGGAAGCCAUCUUUUUUGCGAAAUCGUUAAUAACUCGAAGUAACGAGAACUGAGACGAAGUUAUUUCUUGGCAUUUAUUGUCACAUCUGGUACGUACAGUGAAUGACAAAAAAAUCAUAAUCAUUUCGGAGUUCGCGAAUCAGUGAAACAUCUAUGACGCUAAUCGUUGUCAACACGGUUAAUUAUCGUUAUAAAAUAUCGUGUCAAAGAGUAAUUUAUUCAACAUGUUUCAAUUGCUUGUUACAACACAUUUUGUAAAUAUAAAUACAUAUACAAUGUAAUUAUAAA